AUGGCAAGUUUCUUCGACAUCAGAGCACGACAAGCUGCUGCCGCCGCCGCGGUCUCCUCGUCCUCCAAGUCAAAUGCCUCACAAGAGAACAACCGAUUACAGCCCUGGGUGGAGAAAUACCGACCAAAAUCAUUAGACGAUGUUACAGCACAAGAUCAUACCGUCACCGUCCUCCGCCGGACUCUCCAAGCCGCAAACCUCCCUCACAUGCUAUUUUACGGACCUCCCGGCACCGGCAAAACCAGCACCGUCCUCGCUCUCGCCAAGGAGCUUUUCGGUCCCGAACUCAUCAAGACCCGCGUCCUCGAACUCAACGCCUCCGACGAACGCGGCAUCAGCAUCGUGCGGGAAAAGGUCAAAGACUUCGCGCGGCAGCAACUCUCCAACCCACCCAGCGGCCCGGCCGGCGUCGAAUACCGCAAGAAAUACCCCUGCCCGCCCUACAAGAUCGUCAUCCUCGACGAAGCGGACAGCAUGACCCAAGACGCCCAGUCCGCCCUCCGCAGGACCAUGGAGACGUACAGCAAGAUUACCCGCUUCUGCCUCGUCUGCAACUACGUCACGCGCAUCAUCGACCCGCUCGCCUCGCGAUGCAGCAAAUUCCGCUUCAAAUCGCUCGACGAGGGAAACGCCUCGCGCCGCGUCGAGGACAUCGCGCGGCUGGAAGGCGUGCGCCUGGAAGACGGCGUCGUCGAGACCCUGCUCCGCUGCAGCGAGGGCGAUCUCCGGAAAGCCAUCACCUUCCUGCAGUCGGCCGCGAGGCUCGUCAGCGCCGUCGCGCCCGGCGCAGACAAAUCCGAGCGCAAGCGGAGACGCAAGACAGUCGACGAGCCCGAGGACGAAGACGCCAUGGAUGUCGAUGCCGCCGCCCCCGCGCCUCCUCCUCCGGCGGCCGUCACCGUCCGCAGCAUCGAGGAGAUCGCCGGCGUCAUCCCCUCUUCGACCAUCGAGCGCCUCCUCACUGCGUUACAGCCGAGGUCCAAGGGUGCGACGCCGCCUUAUGCGCCGAUCGCACAGGCCGUGGAAGACCUCGUCGCGGAAGGGUGGUCGGCGUCGCAGAUUGUCACGCAGCUCUACGAGCGGGUCGUGGUGCUGGACGAGACGGUCGGCGAUGCGGCGAAGAACCGCAUCAUGUUGACUUUCUCCGAGACGGACAAGCGGUUGGUGGACGGCAGUGAUGAGCAUCUGACGAUUCUGGACUUGUGUUUGCAGAUUGCGGGGACUUUGGGCGCGGAUUCAUGA